AAAGGGGGAAGAGACCUUACGGCUCCGGAUGGAGACAAGGUCAGGGUACCAGGAUCUCAGGCUGGGCGGGAGGAAGGCCUCACUUCUUGGUAACCAGAUUCCCCAGCAGCUUUCCCUGUGGACCGAAUGGAGGGGGGACCCGCCAAGCUUGCCUCUCUGCGCCUGCCCCUCACCCUAUCUCUCCUGCGGCCCUGCCCUGCACCCUCCUCCCAUGCUACCUCCUACCCCGCCCUCCCAUGCUGCUCUUCCAUCCAACCCCCCAUCCGGCCAGGUCCCAGGAUGGCGGGCUCCACCAUGGCAAACAUACUCCAUGAUCCAGGUACCUAGAGCCGCCUCCAAGCUCCACGGCUCGCCAGCAUCCUCAUCUCCUCCUUAUGCCCCAGCCCCGCCCCCAGUCCUGCUCUGCCCCCCAUAUCCAGUGCCUGCUGAGUGCCAGGCUCUGCUCUAGGAGCUGGAGGAACAGCUGUGAGCAAGGCAGCCCCUCCGGCCCCAGGGGAGCUCACAGCCUAUCAGGGGAGACAGGCAAUAACCAAACUGAUCACCCAGAAUCAAUGUAAAGUGACGGUUGUCAUUAAGUGCAGCAAAGGAGCAGUCCGUGAGCCAGAGGAGGGCAAAUGAGAGAACGAUGUGGUGUGUGGGCCAGAGAAGGCCUCCAGAGGGAGUGAUGCAUGGGCUGAGAUUGCAAAGAUGCAAGGAUUUUGCAGGGCAGAGUGGAGGAGGGAGGAUUCCAGGCUGCGAGAACAGCAUGUGCAAAGGUCCAGUGGCAGGAGAGAGACUGAUCAAAUGGAGGCUGGAGUGGGAGGAGGUGAAGUAGAAGAGUGAGACAAGGCAUUUGGUAAAGGUCGUUAAGCAAGGAGAUGACAUGUCAGAAUCCUGUUUGCUGAAGCUGUAUGCUGCUGGGGGCAGAGGAGCGACAGGGAGACCCAGGAGUCCAGGCGAGAGAUGACGGCAGUGGGAGGAUGGGGGAAGGGACAGCAGGAAAGUGGGAGUAGACGGGAGCUGUGAAAUCCCCAGGUUCCAGGGUGAUCGAGAGGCCACGAUGACCAUUAUGGAGGUCUCCCUGAUCACCGGCUUCUACCCCAACCAGAAGGACCUCAAACAGCUCACGAGCGAGGCGGAGAUGUACGCCUUCCAGUAUGAGACCAAGACGAGCUCCAGCGACAGCACCGUCGUCCUCUACCAGGAGAAGCUCUCCCACAAGGAAGACACGAUGCUGGGCUUCCGGGUCCACAGGAUGCUGAAGGCGGAGUUCCUGCAGGCCGCGCACGUCACGGUCUACGACUACUAGGAGCCUUCCCGGAGGUGCAGCUCCUUCUACAAUCUGCCCACAGAGCGAUCUUCCCUGCGGAAGAUCUGCCACAAAGACGUCUGCAGAUGCGCCGAGGGUGAGGUCGUGGGGACGCGGGGGCCGGGGCUGCAAAGAGAUGAACUGAAAAUAAAUAGCAAAAUGGUAGACCUAAAUUCAACCAUACAAGUUGACCCUUGUGAUGACGACAGUCCCGGCUGACACCAAGAUUGAGGUCCCACUUUGUGGGGAACCUUGAUGCGAAGGCACUUCGCUAAGAGGUGCCCAGAUUCCUGAUCCACAGGAACCACAAAGUAGUGAAGCAACUUUUAGCUGCUAAAUUUGGGGAUAGCUUGUUAUGUGACAAUGGAUAAUACAGUGGCCAUCCUUGGAAAAUUGAAUCGGCCACCACCUGGGUCCUUUCCAGCAUCUCUGGUCGUUUGGGGUCUCUCAGUGAACCUGUCUAGCUCUUCACUCUCAUCGGAGACCCGUUUCUCUGCCCCGCUCAAGCAUGGCAAAGUUACGGGGGCCACCCAACGGCCCGCAGUGAGCCAGCAGAGGAGGAGGGAUUUGACCCCAGGACUGUCUCACUCCAGAUCUUGAGUUCUUGGUCAUAGUGGCAUGUAUACAUUGUAGACGACAAAAAGGAGACGUGUCUUAAGAACGAUAACCAUAGUUUCUUUGUGUGUUGUUCAAAUAUCUGCUGAUGUCCCCAUUGUGUCGUAGCCACUCUCAAUAAAUCUUCAUGUUACUCUCUCCUCCGUUAGAACAUCAGUUCCUCGAGGGUAGAGAUUUCUGCCUGUUUGCUCGUUCCCAGCCUGGCACUCAGCAUUUAUUGACUAGAUAAGACCCCGUGUCGUGCGGGAGCCUGUGGCAUGUCCUGCCUCAGCGUCUCCAGUAG